AUGGCAUCCCGUACGGCAGCUGACUGGUCAAAGGAGGAGGUGGCCCUCUGGCUGUGCCAGCUUCGCCUUGAUGACCACACAGCCGCUUUUCGUGCUCGAAACGUGGACGGGUCCCAGCUGCUUGAUCUCAAAGAGCACGAGCUGGUGCAAUUGGUGGCGACCAGCCCAGCCAAAGCAACGGGCAGUCAUGAGCCCGAAGAUCAGAAAGACCGCGUUGAGGAACUACAGGGCAUCUUUCCCAACCUGCCCGUGGAAAGCAUCGAGCAUUGCCUUGACGUUGCAAACGACUCGGAGAGCGUAAUCAACAUGCUGAUCGCCAUGCAGUUUGACCUUACGCGUGUGGAACAGCGUGGUAGCGCUUCGGGGUCCGCCCUCGCGAGCAGCACCGAGGAAGCCCACGCCCAGCGAAAAGCUUCAAGCCCCGGCAAAUUGGUGGAGGGUGCCUCAACCACAGAGAGCGUGGUAGAUGAUGACGAAGAUGACGACCACUGGCACAGCACGCCGCACUUGAGCCAAGGACCAUCCCGUUCAGCCUCCAUCAUCAAGCAUGUAGCCAGUGCCUACAGUGUCGAAACAGACAAGCUCGCGGCCCUGGAAGACCUCUUCCCAGAGGUCGACGUGGACCUGAUCGGCUAUGCCCUUCACCUGGCCCACGGUGACGUGGACGACGCCUACGAGCAGCUGAGCACACUCACCAAUCCAGUUGAUAUGAUUCGUGCGCGCUCUGAAACGUUGCGCCGUCCCACCUUGAUGCUGUCUGAUGGCGAUACCUUGAAUAAGGCGCUCCGCCGACAGUCUCUGGGCACGACAGAGCAGACUUACAUGACCGUUACCCGGUCUGGGUUUGAUGACGGCGAUCUUUACGAGGCCUCGACCCCGCGCCUCAGCAAGCCCCGCCACACGCUGGCCGGCUCGUUUCGCUCCGAAUCGGCCGCAGAGGAGAGCGAGGCAGACGACAACGAAUGGGCUUUGCUCGCAGAAGGUCGCCUGGCGCUGACCAUGCAAGACAUGCCUGACAUGGCGUCAGAUACUGACGAUGAUGAGCGUGGCGCUCCCACACCUGAUGAGGAGGGCUGGCGCAACAUACGUGCUUCAACGUUGCGGCGUGUGUCAAGCGCCUUUCCCGAUAUGGACUUUGACUCUAUCAAGGUCGUAUUGGACGAGCACGAGGACGAGCCAAACGAGUUCCAGACAGGACUCAUGCGAGCGCUCGAGUUUGAUGCCGACUAUGCAACGCGAAACUCAGGCCCCGCUUCGCUGCUUGCUACCCCCGAGGUCCCCCGCGAGAGCCGGAGGGCGUCGUCUUCAGGCUCGCUCAGUCUACGCCGAGCGUCCACCCUACUUGGGGUGCAGAACGAUAUCUUUAUCAACGAUAAGCGUUGGAUCAAUCGCCCCGAUGUCCGCGCCAGCGGCUUUGUUGAAAAGCUGAGCAAGACAGAGAUCAAACGUCAAGAAGCCAUGCAAGAAGUGAUGACGUCCGAAGAGGCCUAUCUCGAAGAUGUCAAAGCUCUGCUUGACCUGUUUGUACGCCCCUUACAUGACUACAUUGGUACCUCAAAGGUCGCGCCAGAGCCGGCAUUGCAGAAGCGCCUGUCUGAAAUCCCAACGCCUUCGAUCGCGGACAUUUUCGUAAAAGUCAGCACUCGGUUCAAACGGGUGUUUGCCAACUACUGCACGACCUGCUUCCGCCUUCAGCGUUUGCUCGAAACGCACGGAGACGCCCUCAAGGGUCUGCUCAACAAGGCCAGUGCGGCACCACAGGCGCGAAACCUGCCCAUUGGUGCUUUUGUGCUGGCACCCAUUCAACGACUAGCACGAUAUCCCUUGCUGAUCAAGGCGGUCCGUGACCGCACGGACACGGGCAACCCUGAUUAUGACGUGUUAGACCAGGCUUACGAGCAAUUGACCGCUUGCGUCAAACACUGCAAUAACCGACUCGAGGUUUUGGAUCAGUAUCACGAGCUGAGCAAGUUGGAGCGUGUGCUUGAUUACGGUCGUUUGGAAACCUUCAUCCGGCUGCCAGCUGGACAUCGAUGCUUGCAAAAGCGUGGGCCAGUCAAUCUAGUCCUGGUAAAUGACAAGGGCAAAUACAUCAAGUCCAAGAAACUGGAGCUUUUCCUCUUCAAUGACCUGCUGAUGUAUGCCAAACCAGUGAAGCAUAAAAGGUCGCCGGGACAAGUCUACUAUACCGUGUAUAAACAGGUGAAUCGCUCCUUGGUAGAGGCGGGUCCCGCGACUGCUUCUUUGGCAUUUGCAGAGAUUGCAGCGACGGUGGCCAAGGAGGAGCACGAUCAACUUAUGGAGAUCUUGAUAUUUGGUCCCCAAGUCGUGCGACUCUGGGUCAAGUGUCCGAGCGUCACGGAUUGCAUGCGCUGGUUGGAUCUUUUCGCCAUCCACCAAUCAGAAGAUGCCGGCGACAACACCUAUGCUUCCUGGGAUUGUCCCAUGGCGCGUGUUGUCCACUCGUACUCGGCGCGACAUCGCGACGAGCUUUCCUUGCGCAAGGGUGAUGUCGUAUCCAUUCUGUGUCGGGACAACGGUGAUGGCUGGUGCAAGGGCAUGCCCAAGGACAGUUCAUCCAAUACGCCCUACGCCAGUUCUGGCUGGUUUCCGGCCUCGUGUGUGACCGAGAUUGACAGCGUCCACGAGCAAGCAAAAAAGUACAAGGCUGAAUAUCACCACAUGAACAGUCCUGUGACCAACAGUUACAAGUAAACGAUCCAUGGUGUGGCAUUCAGGCUACUGAUUCGACCGACUACAUCACAUCCUUCAUCUGAAUGUCCUGUGGAGCACGGGGCAUUGUGCCAGCGCAAAUGGGGUCCUGACUGCAGAGUCGCAUCUCAAACCAGCUUGCCUUCUACUUUUUGUUCUGGCUUACAUUGACAUUAACUUUUAAUCGAUGAACGUGCGCUG